GAUACAGCACCUCCUAAAGCCUUCCCCUUUUCUGAUCUCCAGCCCUGAUAAAAACAGCCCUUCCGGACUUUUCAGUUCCUUUUAUGAGUCUAAAGUCUGGACCGAGCAGCACUUAGUGUCACACUCGUUUACUGACAUACAUGUGACUUGUUUUAGCUCGGCUUGUUUAAACCACAGAACUUUGAGCAAGUGACAACAAUGAAGCUGAUUAUACUGAAAGACUAUGAUGAAGCCAGUGAGUGGGCGGCCAAAUACAUCCGGAACCGGAUCAUUCGCUUUAAUCCGAGUCAGGACAAGUUCUUCAUCCUGGGUCUUCCAACAGGCAGCACUCCGCUGGGAUGCUAUAAGAAGCUUAUUGAGUACUAUAAGAAAGGAGAAAUAUCUUUUCAGUAUGUGAAGACCUUUAACAUGGAUGAAUAUGUAGGACUGCCCAGAGACCAUCCUGAAAGUUAUCACUCCUUCAUGUGGAACAACUUCUUUAAGCACAUCGACAUUCGAUCAGAAAAUGCACACAUUCUGGAUGGCAACGCAGCAGACCUGCAGAAAGAAUGCCAAGACUUUGAGGAGAAAAUCAAAGCUGCUGGUGGGAUUGAUCUCUUUGUAGGUGGUAUUGGACCUGAUGGUCACAUUGCUUUCAAUGAGCCUGGCUCUAGUCUCCUGUCUCGAACCAGGGUCAAGACCUUGGCUAUGGACACCAUCCUGGCCAAUGCUCGUUUCUUCGAUGGAGAUCUCUCCAAAGUCCCAACCAUGGCUCUUACUGUAGGAGUUGGCACAGUGAUGGAUGCCCGUGAAGUCAUGAUCCUAAUCACCGGAGCACAUAAAGCGUUUGCACUAUACAAGGCCAUAGAGGAAGGUGUGAACCACAUGUGGACAGUUUCAGCAUUCCAGCAACAUCCUCAGACCGUUUUUGUGUGUGAUGAGGAUGCGACACAAGAGCUGCGGGUCAAAACUGUGAAAUACUUUAAAGGCAUGAUGCAUGUUCACAAUAAGUUGGUGGAGGAACCAUAGUUUCUGCUGAAAAGAGAAAUGAGACUGAUUUGUACUUUAUAUUUAAAGUAUUACAUUUUUAACAUUUUGAAAUGUAUGCUGUUAAUACUUACAGUUGCAAUAAUGCAAAGGAUUAAAAAUAAAAAGAACUAAAAUUCUAAUGGAAAUAUGUGGAGUAUUCAGUUAAUGAUUAGACAAAUUGUGUCAUACUUUAUAAAUGAUAAAAAAGAACACUGAUGAUUGUUGUAUAUAGUGUUAUUUUUUCCAUUGCUCUGUUUAAUGUUUAAUUCUGUCUCAUCAAUUUUUUCUUAGUGCAGUGAAAUGACAAACUUAAAUAUUGACCUGUGGGUCUUACAUAUGCCCCAGUGCAUUAAAAUGGUAACACUAAAAAAGCCAAAAUAAUAAAUAAAAUUAAAGAAUAAAUCUAAGGACAAAAGUAAGACAAAAGACAAAAGUAAUCAAAUACGGAAAUAGUCUUUCCACACACACAUGUAUACGGACUUACAUUAAAACACAGUAUUCAAACUA